AGUAAGUGAAUGAUCGAACGAAUGAGUUGGAUUUAGUUUCAGAAUUCAGAUCUGCGUUUGUCACGAUUAUUGUUAAUAAUUUGCAGAAAAAAUCUAAAAAGAUACUAAAAUUCAAGAGAAAUAAGAAAUUAACACUUGUCUGGUCUGAAACGUAUAGAAAGCAGACUCAUUAGAUUCUAUAACCAAAUAAUAGUUUUAAUUAAAAAUAAAGUAACAUAGUAGUUAUAAAUAAAAUGUUGUUAUAAAAGUAAUUGCUCAAUAUAUAAAUAGAAGUUAGUGUUAUAUUAUAUUUAUUGAAAACGGUGUGUUAUAAGUGUAAUAAAUGUGUGAAAGAUAUCCGGGGUAUUUGUUCGGAGGAACCCCUGUCAGUAGUUGGGACAGGAGUUUCAAUUCACUGGAAAAUGUUUCUAUAUUCCAGCAAAUCCAACAACAGUACCGGGGGAGGGCAGGCGCAGGCGCGCGCUGCUGGGGCAGCAUGUCCGAAGGGGGCGGAGUCUCCGCCGCCGGUGGGGACUCGUGCAAGACCAACCUCAUCGUCAACUACCUGCCGCAGACCAUGACCGAGAAGGACUUGUACGCGAUGUUCAUGACCAUAGGACCUAUCGAGAGUUGUCGGGUUAUGAAGGAUUUCAAGACUGGCUACAGCUAUGGCUUCGGCUUCGUGAACUUCACGCGAGAAGAGGACGCGGCGCGGGCGAUCGACACCUUCAACGGAUACCAGCUCAGAAAUAAACGGUUAAAGGUAUCAUACGCGCGCCCUUCAGGGGACGACAUAAAGGACACGAAUCUGUACGUGACGAACUUACCGCGCGCCAUCACUGAAGACCAGCUGGAGACCAUAUUCGGCAAAUACGGCAGGAUAGUGCAGAAGCAUAUACUGAGGGACAAGAGUAAUGGGACGCCGCGUGGAGUCGCUUUUGUGAGAUUCGACAAACGUGAGGAAGCGCAGGAGGCGAUAGCAGCGUUAAACAAUGUAAUACCAGAGGGAGGCACUGAGCCACUCAGCGUUAAGCCCACGAGCAGCGACGCCGUACUGCGCCGCUCGGGCACCGUCCGCGCUCACAGCCGCCUGCGACUGCACAGUGACACAAUGGUGGCUGAAGAGCAUGGUAAGCAGAAAGCUGCGUACUAUGCGGGAUGGGCGGCGGGAUUCCACCAUAAUAGAGGUGAUUAUGCUUGGACAUGCGGUAACUGCAUGAUGCCAGAUCCUUGGGACAGGUUUUCAUCGCCCCCCUUACCGGGCAGUCACCCCACCACCCCUAGGAAUGGCUGCCGCCCCGGGGUCUGCGUCAACAACCGAGUGUACCCCCCUAACUUCGUAGGCAAGGGGGCCACACGACCGAACAGGGGUAGAAACCUACCCUGGGCCCCCAAUUUUGGUGCCGAGGACCGCUUUAAAGGGCAACGAUGCAGAAACGCACCGUCGCCAUAUUGGUAACGGUUUUCGCGUUUGAAAAAGGCGUUUGGUUCCACGUUUGAAAAUUCAAACGUUUCGUGUUGUUUAUGGUUACCGAUUUUACAUGAGGUUUAUGCUGGUUGAGCAUGAUGAAAGAGGAAGGUAGCUAAGUCAAUGUUGUCUAUGAAACAGAUAUUUAGUAUUGACUGCGAAGUUAUGAUUAGGAUAAUUCCUCCUACCUUUCUUCGAUAUACAAAAACUCUUAGACCCAGUACAAGAAGUAUAGAUCGGUCCGUAGCAUCGAGUAUAGAGUGGUAUAUAACUUGUGGGUAGUUGUGAAUUUGAUCUCAAUACUUUGUAAAUAGUGUGAGGACGAGAGCUGAGUCAAAUUGUUUAAAUAACCAGCCUUACUUACUUGGAACGUAUGAAGCAGACUUUUUCCAACCAGAUAAAAUGGCCGAUUUCCUUUUUUGAAACAUUGAAGUUUAAAAAUGGCUGGCCCAAAGAUGCUUCUUAAUGGUGAAAAAGUUUGAAGUAAUGCUUACUGCCUGACAAUUUAAAGUUUAAAUAGUAUCGAUACUAUUUUGUGACUGCCUCUGCGGCUCUAAUCGAAUUAAUUUAAUGUAGGGCGUUUUAUUAAGACAUAAAAAUUCGUUGCUUAUGAUUUGUGCAGGCACUGAUUAGUUCGAAUGGUUCAUGAAAGAAGUCAGUCUUAAAGAAACAUACAAAGACGCCAGUGUUACAUGUAAUUUAAAAAUUAUCUUUAUAUCAAGAAAGUUUGCUGUUAUAUUCUACUUUUUAUGAGAUUUCGACCAUUUUGUCCGGUAGUCUGUGACUUCCACUACUUUAUGCAGUGUCUUCUUAGAUAUAUUUUGAAGUUCCUAAGUUAGUUUAAAUAGUUGUUACGGAAAAGUUUUGCAGUCUGUAAUCACCAAGUGGUUAGUCGCAGACAAGGAGGUUUUAAGCUGUCUAUGGUCCAAGUAUGUUUUUCUGGUUAUAAAGAAUUGUAAAUAAGGUUGUAUAAUUGUGCGUGUGUCUUAGUCGAUUUAAACGUAAUGAGUUUUAAUGCAUUGCCGUUGCAAUUGGAUAUUUAAAUAAAUCGUGAGGAAAGAGUUACGGCUCGCGAUUCAUUUUUAUAAUCUAGGCAAAAUGUACUAGGUAAAAUGUAUUUGCGCAUUUUAAUUGUCAUGCAUUUUUACGUGGCAACAUUUUUUUUAAAGAGAUUUUUUUCUCUUUUUAAAAAGCUCUUAAAUUUUUUUAUUUAUAUGAACUUUGCUGUUUUGCUUCAUAACGUAAGUAGCAGCUAAAAUACUGCUGAAAUGUUUUCACGUAAAAAUGACAAAAUAUAUUUUUUCAUAAUUUUAACCUAUAAUUUUUUCUGACUUUGUCACGAAGAUGCUUUGUUUAGUUUUGCUCAUGUUUUUUGACGAGUAACUGUUUCGUUUUCAUCUCAUACAUUUUGGUUUAUUUUGUUAUUGCAAAUAACUUUUAAUAUUUUGCAUUUCAUUUAGUGUUAGAUGUUUUGUGUUCUUUAUUCAAUGUGGUAGAUUAUUUUUGAUGCCGUCUAUAAUUUUCAACCGCCUUUCCAAAAAGGAGGACGUCCUCAAUUGGGAUGUUUUUUUUUUCUAGCAACAUACUGUUUGGGAGAACGAGAUAGCGUGUGUUGCAUCUCUUAAAACAUUUUGGGAUAACGUUUGUGUUGUUUUGAUUCACGAAACACAAACUAAUAAUGUCGCUUAGGACAAUUUUAUUAAAAUGACAAAUAUUACUUUUUUAACCGGCUUAUUUUUUUUUAUAGGCUAAAACGAACUAUUGUCCUAGUUUACGUUAUAAUGGUACCUAGACCGGAAGAGAUUCUUAAUAUGAAAUAACAAUAUUUAAGUCCGUGAUGAAAAUAAUGAAGUAAAUUAAUAUUUUUACAAUUAAAAUGGUAAAGUUCGGUUACAACGGAUAUCCACAUUGAAUGAAGAAGAACAUUCUAUCCGUCUGUUGCACAAAGGUCCAUUAAAAUUAAAGCUUCUUUAUAUCUAUUGCUGUCUCUUUCUUUGUCAACAAGAUAAUAAGUGAUAGCAAUAGAUUUAAUGAAGCUUUAAUUUUAAAGUACCUUUGUGCAACUGACGGUUAAUAUGUAUUUCCUCACGUGUAACGUAAGUUUUUUUUUGUACAUUUUGUGUAUUUUUUUUGUAACUACGAUUUAUUAUUACGUUGCAUUGAGUUUGUUUAUUUCUACAAGAAUUUCUUCUAUUUGUAUAACAUUAUAAAUGUUAUAACACUG